GUAUUUCGAGACAUUGAUUCACAUGCUGAAAGUCAGUUUAGGUACCGGAAUUUUAGCGAUGCCCAAGGCGUUUUCUAACGCAGGUUAUUUGCUGGGCAUUAUAGGCACUCUUGCUGUUGGAGCCCUCAGCACUUAUACGAUGCAAAUGCUUGUGCGGUCAGAAUAUGAGCUGUGUAAAAAGCGACGAGUUCCCAGGAUGACGUAUGCUCAGACAUUUGAGGCAGCAUUUGUAGAAGGACCCAAGACGUUCAGACCUUUGGCAAGAGCUGCGGGGGUGGCGUGCAAAAUAAUUCUCUUUUUGUUUCAAGGCGGUGCUUGUUGCGUGUACAUUGUAUUCGUGGCUGAAAACAUGAAAGCGGUGGGAGAUCAGUACUUCGGCAAAACGGAUAUCCGGCUCUACAUGGCAUACUUGUUGGGGCCUUUGAUCCUGAUCUGUUGGUUGCGGAAUUUUAAAUAUUUGGCACCGGUGUCGUCCUUCGGUAACGUAAUGACGUUGAUCUGCUACUGCAUUACGUUUUACUAUAUGCUCUCCGAUUUGCCGAGCUUUUCGACCAGACAAGCGGUCGUUGAAUUGGAUCGGUUUCCUCUUUUUAUCGGAACGGCUCUUUUCGCGAUGGAGGCGGUUGGAGUGGUGAUGCCUCUGAAGAGUGAAAUGAAAAAUCCGCGUCAGUUUCGAGGCUGGUUUGGUGUGCUCAACUGUGCAAUGGUACCUAUUACGAUCCUCUACCUUUUGGUAGGUCUUGCCGGAUACCUUAAAUACGGAGACACAGCCAGAGGCAGCAUCUCACUUAAUUUGCCGGAUAAUGAAGUGUAAGUACCGUUUCCAUGU